UUGCAAUGCUCUCUACCUGUCACUAAUUGCAGCGUCUACGGAGGUUCGUACAUCAGUGCUGUGUGCGUUUAUCAUCUGUGAAGAUGAGGAGUCGCAGUAAUUCAGGAGUGAAGCUGGACAGCUACGCCAGGCUGGUGCAGGAGACUAUCCUCAACCACCAGAACCCAGUGACGGGUCUCUUGCCCGCCAGCGCCCAGCAGAAGGACGCCUGGGUGCGGGACAACGUGUACAGCGUGCUGGCGGUUUGGGGCCUGGGCAUGGCCUACCGCAAGAACGCUGACCGCGACGAAGACAAGGCCAAGGCCUACGAACUAGAGCAGAGUGUGGUGAAGCUGAUGCAGGGUCUUCUACAGUGUAUGAUACGACAGGUGGCCAAGGUGGAGAAGUUCAAACACACCCAGAGCACCAAGGACUGCCUGCACGCUAAGUACCACACCCCCACCUGCGCCACCGUGGUGGGGGACACUCAGUGGGGCCACCUGCAGGUCGAUGCCACCUCCCUCUACCUCCUCAUCCUGGCUCAGAUGACCGCCUCGGGCCUCUGCAUCAUCUCCAACCUUGACGAGGUGGCGUUCAUCCAGAACCUCGUCUUCUACAUCGAAGCAGCAUACAAAGUGGCCGAUUUUGGGAUGUGGGAGAGAGGAGACAAGACGAACCAGGGCAUUCCUGAACUCAACGGCAGCUCUGUGGGCAUGGCCAAGGCAGCCCUGGAAGCCAUCGAUGAGCUGGAUCUGUUCGGGGCCCAUGGGGGCCCCAGGUCGGUCAUCCACGUCAUGCCUGAUGAGGUGGAGCACUGUCAGGCCAUCCUGUGCUCCAUGCUGCCCCGGGCCUCCACCUCCAAGGAGGUGGACGCGGGCCUCCUGUCCAUCAUCUCCUACCCCGCCUUCGCCAUCGAGGACCCCGAGCUGGUGGCCGUCACCAAGUCGGAGAUCAUCAGCAAGCUGCAGGGUCGCUAUGGCUGCUGUCGCUUCAUCCGGGAUGGGUACCAGUGUCCCAGAGAGGACCCGUCCCGGCUGCACUAUGACCCGGCAGAACUCAAGCUGUUUGAGAACAUUGAGUGUGAGUGGCCCGUGUUCUGGACCUAUCUAGUGCUGGACGGGCUGUUCAGUGGAGACGUGGUUCAGGUGCAGGAGUAUGCAGAGGCCCUGGAAGGAAUCCUGAUCCGAGGGAAGAAUGGGAUCCGCCUCGUUCCCGAGCUAUACACCGUUCCCCACGAAAAGAUCGAGGAGGAGUACGUCACCCCCCACACGGUGGACCGAGUGGCCCUGGGACAGCUCCCUCACAUGUGGGGACAGUCUCUCUACAUCCUGGGCCGUCUGCUAGCCGAGGGUUUCCUGGCCUUAGGAGAGGUGGACCCCCUCAACAGAAGGUUCUCCACCAACUUCAAGCCAGAUGUUGUGGUGCAAGUGUGUGUGUUGGCUGAGUCCCAGGAGAUCCAGGAGUUGCUCAGGGAGCACGGCAUCGUGGUCCAGACGGUGACCGAGGUCCUUCCCAUUCGGGUGAUGCCCGCGCGCAUCCUCAGUCACAUCUACGUCAAACUGGGGAACUGUAAGAAGUUGGGUUUGAGUGGCAGACCGUACAGACACAUCGGGGUCCUUGGCACCUCCAAGAUGUACCAGAUCAGAGACCAGAGCUACACCUUCACCCCCCAGUUCCUGGACCAGCACCACUUCUACCUGGCCUUGGACAACCAGAUGAUCGUGGAGAUGUUGCGCACAGAGCUGGCCUACCUCUCCGCCUGCUGGAGGAUGACGGGUCGUCCCACACUCACCUUCCCCAUCACCAGGAGCAUGCUCACUGAAGACGGAGACGCGGUGGACCCCUGCAUCUUGUCCACCCUGAGGAAACUACAAGAUGGAUACUUUGGAGGUGCCAGGGUGCAGGCAGCAGACCUGUCCAGCUUCCAGACCACUUCCUUCCACACGCGCCUCAGCUUCCUGGACGGAGAGACGGACGAGAGUCUGCUGGAGGACGAGGAAGAGGAGGACAACGAGGAAGAGUCCGGCCAACGCACCAGGCACUCCCAUGGGGUCCUGGACCAGUACCUCACCCAGCUGCUGCACAGCACCACCUCCAGGUGCCACCUCCCUCCCCUCCAGGGGGGGCAGCACCACGUCUUCAGCGCCGAGCACACCACCAGGGACAUCCUGUCCCUCAUGGCCCAGGUCCAGGGCCUCAGCAUGCCCAAGUCCCCCAUGUAUCUUCCUGUGGUUCCCAUCUUGAAAAAGAAUCGUCGAUCGCUCAACCUCCUGGAUGUUCCUCAUCUACCUUCUCACCCCCAGCAGGCUGGGAGCAGCAAGCAGCACACGUCCCAGGCAGACCUGCACCUGCCCAAGGACGCCCAGGGGAAGACAGACUUCGCGGGGCUGGUGAGACAGCUCGAGGCGUGUCCCACCCUGCAGGACCAGGCCGACAUCCUCUACGUGCUCUACCUCAUGAAAGGAGCUGAUUGGGUGGUGGAGCUGUCAGGCCCCGGGAGGGGCGGGCCCAGCGUGAGCUCCCUGCUGGAGGACCUCUACGUCCAGGCUGGCAUCUGCAAGGACUGGGGCCUCAUCAGAUACAUCUCUGGCAUCCUGCGCAAGAGGGUGGAGGUGCUGGCGGAGGCCUGUACAGAUCUGGUCUCCCAUCACAAGCAGCUGACUGUGGGCCUCCCUCCUGAGCCCAGAGAACGAGUCAUCACUGCUCCUCUUCCUCCCGAAGAGCUGACCAAUGUGAUCUACGAAGCCAGCGGUCAGGACAUCAGUAUAGCUGUACUCACUCAGGAGAUCAUGGUGUACCUGGCCAUGUACGUGCGCUCACAGCCCGCUCUGUUCGGGGACAUGCUGCGGCUCCGCAUCGGCCUCAUCAUGCAGGUGAUGGCCACGGAGCUCGCACGCAGCCUGCACUGCUCUGGGGAGGAGGCCUCAGAGAGCCUGAUGAGCCUCAGUCCCUUCCACAUGAAGAACCUCCUGCACAACAUCCUCAGUGGGAAGGAGUUUGGAGUGGAGAGGAGCAUGCGUCCCAUCCAGUCCACGGCCACCAGCCCGGCCAUCUCCAUCCACGAGCUGGGCCACACGGGCGCCACCAAGACGGAACGCAGCGGGAUCCGCAAGCUGAAGAGCGACAUCAAACAGUUGGAUGACUCUCGACCUCUCAGUGGCUUCGGCGGUCAUUCCAUUGGUAGCAAUUACAUGUCUCACGGCUCCACGCGCUGCAGUAGCCCCUCCACCCCCAGUGGGAUGAUGUCCCCGAUGGGGGGUGACCCCGGGGACGUGCAGCUGAGCUGGGAGGAGACCCAGGGCCAGUGGCUGCGUCGGCGCAGGCUGGACGGGGCCAUCAACAGGGUGCCCAUGGGCUUCUACCAGAAGGUGUGGAGGAUCCUGCACAAGUGCCACGGCCUGUCCAUCGACGGCUACGUCCUGCCGUCCUCCACCACCCGGGAGAUGACGGAGGGAGAGAUCAAGUUUGCGGUGCAGGUGGAGUCGGUGCUGAACCACGUGCCCCAGCCGGAGUACCGGCAGCUGCUGGUGGAGGCGCUGAUGAUCCUGGGGCUGCUGGCCGACGUGGGCGUGGCCAGCAUCGGGGGCAUCAUCCACGUGGACCGCAUCCUCCACAUGGCCAACGACCUCUUCCUGACGGACCAGAAAUCCCAGGGCGCCAACGAGUACUUCCUGGAGAAGGACCCGGCCACAGGGAUCUGUAACUUUCUGUACGACAGCGCCCCUAGUGGCAGCUAUGGCACCAUGACCUACCUCUCCAAGGCAGCGGUGGCCUAUGUCCAGGACUUCCUGCCCAGUUCCAGCUGCAUGAUGCAGUAAGAGCGCCACUGCCUGAUGCAGUAAGAGCGCGACUGCCUGAUGUAGUAAGAGCGCGACUGCCUGGAGUCAUUGUUUUAGAGAAGCCUUGUUAUUGUUGAAUUCCUAUUUAAACCGUUACCUCUAUGAAUAUUAAUAAAGGUUGUCUCCUGAAUAACAACAUAACAUUACAGCAACUGUCUAAAAUGUAUGUUGGUGUGACUAAAGCAGAAUAUGUGCUUGUUUGGUAAAUUAAUCAGUUGUAUGUAAGUGUUUCAUUGUCAUACUGGUUGCAACCCAAUAUACCACUACCUUGAAAUGUAUGUAUGUCAGCUAUUCGGUUUACUGUACACUGUUUGGAAAUGAAUCAACCUUUUUAGCUACCGAUCCCAAUGUAAAUGCCUGAUACCUUUUAAUGUUCAGCUUGUGCUAUACAAAGUAUUAACAGUGUUUGCUAGUGUGCUUUAAACGGUUACAUAUGUUGUUUAUCAUUUCAGUUUGUUCAUAUAUAAUAUAUUAAGAACAAUGCAAUUCUAAUCCAUGUGAUAAGCUUUCACAGGCUGCCUCAAAACACAGAUUUCAUGUUAAUGAAACAAGUACGUGGUCAUAUAAGAGCAGAGAAUGACUAUUCUGGCCAGUGGUCAAAGAACGUAGAUCUAGGACUAAUCCUACUGCCAUGGCUCAUGAGCAAGGUGCCGGCUAGGUGAAUCUUAAGUAGUACCUUUGUAACCUGAAGGAAACUUGAUAAAACAAUAGACCAUGUUUGUUUGAUAUUUUAUCCUUCAAUGCAGAAUAUAAUAGUUUAAUAUACUGUAAUACAUAUAAGGUGCCGACAUAUGCUAAUAUUUAUGAUAAUGCAGAUUAAAUGUGUAUUUAACAUUACCAUAUAUAGGUUAAUAUUUUUUUAUGAACAUCUUGUACUGGGGUUGUGUCUGGUCAUUAAAUAAAAACAUCUGUCCAAA